AGCUGUCAUUCUCGCGCGAGGGCUCUCGAGAUUGCUUCUGCUCACGAGCGCAGUCGGAUUCUACCAGUGGAUUAGAGAAGCGCCUCGCCGCGCGCCGCUCGCAGCUUUAGGAAAAACAGUUUGCUUUCGUGCUUCUUUCAGUUCUCGCAAUCCGACUUUGUCGUUAAAGACAUUUUGCGCCUGCCGUAGGCUUGAUUAUUGAACUGUAGGACAAACAGAACAGAUCUGGUCUUAUCCGCUGUCAGUUAGGUUCUUGUUAUUCAAUUUUUGACUGUUUAAUAUGUUAUUUUAUGAAUUAAUAUAUGGUAGAAUUGAAUAUAAAAGCAAGCCUUUAUUCAUUAGUCUACAUGAAGUGAUUUGCCUAUAUAUGGUAAACCCAUAAAUAACAUUUUGUGAAUUAAAUUAAGGUUUGCUAUUUGAUUUGCGUUUGUUAAUCACUUUCAGGGUAUUUGUGAUAGACGUUCAUUGCUUUAUUAUCUAGAACAUCGUGACUAUAUUUAAACUAAAUCAAAUUGUGUUUAUUUUCGCUUGCUUCUUGGUUUGAAAAUCAAAGUAGCAAUGAUUACCAUUAUCGCGGAAUUCUUCGUGGUCAUUUUAAAAGUCAUUUGGGCCAUUUCGAUGGCUGGGUUAAAGUGGCUGGUGCGCCCGAAAGAGAAGAGCGUGGCUGGGCAGGUGUGUGUCAUCACCGGCGCCGGCGGACAACUCGGGCGCCUUUUCGCCAAGGAGUUCGCCCGACGUCGGGCGAUCCUCGUGCUCUGGGACAUCAACAGCCAAAGCAACGAGGAGACUGCGGACAUGGUGCGACAAAUCUACCGUGAACUCGACAGUCCUGUGGCGAAAGAGGAAGCUGGGGUGGAAGAGGUUCUUCCCAUCCGGCCUCAGGUCUACACGUACGUGUGUGACGUGGGGAAGCGUGAGAGCGUGUACUCCACUGCAGAGAAAGUUCGCAGAGAGGUCGGGGAGGUCGACCUGCUGAUCAACAAUGCUGGCGUGGUGUCUGGUCACCACCUGCUCGAGUGUCCGGAUGAGCUGAUUGAGAGGACCAUGGUGGUCAACUGUCAUGCACACUUCUGGACCACCAAGGCAUUUCUUCCCAAGAUGCUGGAGAUGAACCAUGGUCACAUUGUGACAGUUGCCAGUUCGCUGGGGCUCUUCAGCACAGCUGGUGUGGAGGAUUACUGCGCCAGCAAGUUUGGUGCCAUUGGCUUCCAUGAAUCCCUCAGCCACGAAAUCAAGGCUUCCGAAAAAGACGGCAUCAAGAUGACGCUGGUGUGUCCUUACCUGGUGGACACGGGCAUGUUCAGAGGCUGCAGGAUAAGGAAAGAGAUCGAGCCGUUUAUGCCGCCGCUCAAGCCCGAGUUCUGCGUUAAGCAGGCCAUGAGAGCUAUCUUGACCGACCAGCCCAUGGUGUGCACGCCUCGGAUCGUCUACAUGGUCAACCUGAUGAAAAGCAUCCUGCCUUUUGAGGCAAUCGUUUGCAUGUACCGCUUCCUUGGGGCAGACAAGUGCAUGUAUCCCUUCUUGGCUCAGAGGAAAGAGGCUAUGAACAACAAUGAAACAAAGAAUGGCAUCUAGACACUGGCAGACUGCGGCUAGGCCAUGUGUCCUACCCAUGACAGAAGACCACUGUGGAAGAGUGCGGAUCAGCGGAGAGACUGAAUCUAGACUGGUGCGCUUGCAUUGAGCAGAUGCAAAAGUUUACCAUAUUGUUCCUCUGGAACAAAGCAAGCUGUGUACUACGCUAAUUUCUUUCUUUUUUUUCUUUCUUUUUUUAAAGAACCAACCAUCUAUAUACUGUCAGUAGUUUUGAAAUCAUAAAUGAGGUAUUCAGUAAUUAUUUACAUAAUGUAGUCACCAGCAUUACUUAGUGUCUUUGUGAAAAUAUACAGUAUGUUACUGUAUGAGCAGUAAAAUCUUGUCACUUUUUUUGUUUGUAGACAUGCACUGUAAUUACUUAAUUUUUCUACACUGCCAAUAUUAUUAGCUAAACCAUUACACCACCUCAUUUCUCAGAAUCUAGAGACAAUACCUUAUCUGUUAGAAAUGACCUGGCGAUAAAGCCAAUGGUGUCAAAAUCUGGUCAUGACGCGUCAAAACCACCCAGAUUGGUUAAAGCAUGUAGAGGAACCAACCCACUUCCUCUGUGCAUCAUAUCACCAUGUGAUUCCAUGUGAUUGCAAGUGAUGUUUCUGCUCUGCCUGUAAGCAGCUGAAUAUACUCUCAUGGCUGCUCAGACACACUGUGUACACAUAUGAAGCUUCCACCUCCUUUUCUCGUGUAUGCGGUAGAGAGAACUGGACCUGACAGGGUGAUUGUCCCACACAGGAGCCACUCUGUGUGCUGAGCAGGUUCUGUUGCCCUGUCACACUGUCCUAAAGGCUGAAUGCCAGGGUCAGCAGGCCCAGUGCCCUCACGGAGGGCAUUAACUCACUGACAUCUGUCCUCAUUAUAGAAGACCGAAUAUAAGAACACUGCCCCCACUCUAUUGAUGUUGGGGGACAUUUGGGAUAUUAUGGUUUAGAUUACUUUUUGGUAAGCUGGAAGAUGGUGUUUAUUUUUUUUUUAUCAGUAUAUGAUUUUUAUCACCAGUUCUCCAAAAUUACAAAGGAUGAACCCAGGGCAUGAAUUACAGAAGUAUGUAAAUUAAAUGUUCAAAAUAAGUCAAAAAGCAAUUAUUUGAAAGUGUCUGAAAUCUCACCGAUUGUCCAUUAUGUCUUUAAUCCAACAAGGUCCAGUUAAAAUGUUUUGUUUUGCCUUUCUUGGACUAUUGACUGCUCUGCAUGAACAGAUAUUGGAAUAUUUUUUAUGUAUGUCAGUUAUGAGUUUAACCUACAUUCCAACGGGCCCUGUUCCUACACCUCCAGUGAUGAGCCUAGGAUCGCUACCUCUUCAUUUUUGUCAAUUGUUGACAGUAUGACAUGCAUCUUCUGUAACUGUAACACUACUCUACACAGGAGUACACUAAGUGAUUCCAAUGUUUAGUGUCUCUACCUAACUUAAAUUAAUAAAGUGUUUUAGAUUGUCCUUUUA